AUGCCAUCCACUUCGUUUUUAGGGAGAUUUGAUUUUGAGAGGUCGCUUGCAGGGUCACUCGCAGAUCUCCCCGGCAUUUUCUGCAACGCCUGUCAGCAUAUUGUGACUGAGACGGGUGGCCGCAAACAUGACUGCAAGACGCGACCGACGACUAUUCGUGGAUACCCGAUGUGUUAUCUGCCGCAUACCGUAAUCACAUCCGAUCUUGGUUCUCCCAAUGGCAACUAUCAGCUGGAGUUCAAUCGCGUUUUGUCCGAGAAUUCGAACCUGGCGGUAUUUUCAGUUGGACAGGAGGCUCCGGUGUCAGACACUUGGCAACAAGAUCAGCAGCGGGUUGGAUGCUUAUCACGUCUCUUUUCUGCAACCUCCUCUAGGUGUAAUGCUACAGUCAGUGUUGGAUCGUACUGGCCAUUCAAGCUGUCGAACCAGGCUAUCUGGUACUGGCAUGCCGAAGACGGAGUUUUGCUGGUGGACUGGAGCAAGUUGUACACCGACUAUUUCACACAGUCAAGGAGCAGCAAGAACAGGAGAAGAAUCGAGAGAAUCGUUCAGCGUUACCGGGAUUUGGAAGCUGAAAAAAUGCGGAACGACACUGCCGGACGGUGGACCUCGUAUGGCGACUGGGACAUCUUUCCAGCAACGCAUGCAGAGAUAGCCAUGGCUUGUAGGUACGAGGGACCGAAGAGCGACUUUGAAGACCGCCUCGAUCCCAGACAAGAUCGGAUGAGUCCUCAGGAGAUGGUUAUGCGGCUAGGAGACAGGAUGGUGGCUGUGGGUGAAGCACUCCGGAAACGAGUCGACGGAAAACCAAAGGUUUACGGGAGCGAAGAGAAGCCCGAAUGCCCCAAAGAACCAUUAUCGCUAUGGAGGAGGGCCAGCUACUCCAAAUUGCUGUAA